AGUUCCGCGCAGCGUUCCUCCCGGCUCCGGUGGUAAAAGAGGACGGAGGAUUAUUUACGGGGAGUCGCGGGGCAAACGCGGCGAGAACAGCACUGCACCUUGCUAUGUCGUUGAAACAUUCCUAGACGAGAACGCUGCAGUGUCUCCCGCGGGCGGUCUUUGUUUUUUUUUUUUCCGCCCCCUUGGACUGACACACGACACACCAGCCUCCCCUAAGCCGCGCACGAACGGGGAUGCACUGGCGUUAGCCUGCCAUUAGCUUGCUCGUUAGCUCCCCGACCAGCUCCGUUUUUUUUUUUUAUAACGACGGCACCGAGCACACGGAAAUUGUGCAUUAUGACAGACAGCAUUAUGAGUAAAGCUGCCACAAUGGAGAUUCCUAUCAACAGUAAUGGUGACACAGGGACACUACCAGAAGACGACAGCCUUGAACAGGCUGCAAAGCUGCAGUGGAGCUUAGAUGAGAAGGUAGGGAGCUCCAGAGGCACCAGGCUGAUAGACAAGCAGAAAGGCAGACAAAAGAAAACAGACCUACAGCAGGUGAUGGUAUCGGGUCCCAAUCUAAAUGAGACUAGCAUUGUAUCGGGGGGGUAUGGAGGAACAGCAGAGGGUAUCAUCCCCACCAGCUCAAUCAAAGGCCCUGCUGUACGCUACAAUGCAGAGUUUAACAAAAGGAUCCCAGUUACAGGAUUAGGUCCCAACAUGCACCACAGCAGCAGCAGCUCGUCAAUGACGGCAGAAGAAAUAACCCGCGGCGUGGCUGUGGAAAAACUAGAAACAAUGAAGAAGUGGGGUCUCAAUACUUACAAGUGUACAAAGCAAAUGAUCUCAGAGCGUUUUGGUCGGGGUUCCCGGACCGUGGACCUGGAGCUGGAGGCCCAGAUUGAGGUGCUGAGAGACACUAAAAGGAAAUACGAGAAUGUGCUGAGAUUGGCCAGAGCAUUGACCAACCACUUCUAUAACAUGGUGCAGACACAGCACGCGCUGGGCGACACCUUUGCUGACCUCAGUCAGAAAUCUCCAGAGCUACGGGAUGAGUUUGGCUACAAUGCAGAGACUCAGAAGCUGCUGUGUAAGAACGGGGAGACUCUACUUGGUGCCAUUAACUUCUUUGUGUCCAGCAUCAACACACUAGUCAAUAAAACCAUGGAGGACACCUUGAUGACAAUCAAGAUGUAUGAAAAUGCCAGACUGGAGUUUGAUGCCUACCGGUCAGACCUGGAGGAACUGAGCAUGGGUCCAAGGGAUGCUGUAGCCAUGGCCCGUAUAGAUGCUGCUCAGCAGCAGUACCAAGUGCAUAAGGAAAAGUAUGAACGCCUCCGCUCAGACGUCACUAUUAAACUCAAGUUCCUGGAGGAGAAUAAGGUGAAGGUGAUGCAUAAGCAGCUCCUGCUCUUUCAUAAUGCCAUCUCAGCGUACUUUGCUGGCAACCAGCAGCAGCUGGAGCAAACGCUGAAGCAGUUCAACAUAAAGUUGAGGCCUCCAGGGGCCGACAAGCCCUCUUGGCUUGAGGAGCAAUGAGAGGGCCCGCUGGACCUCCUGCAGCCUCCUUCUUGACCACCUCCACCUGUUACCUGUUAAAACCCCCAACUUACAGAGGACCACUACAGAGGGAAACGCAUACAGCUAAUUGGGUGGAUAAAGAUAUGAGAUGAGCGUGUGGCUGGAUGAUUGGACAGAUGAAGGAGGAUUGGACAGAUGAAUUGCAGGGUAUCAUUGAUGAAUUGGCUGAAUGCAGCAGCAAACGGCGUGGCCAGUUUUAUGAACAGUCAGGGGGCUAUUAGUGCCUCUCUUCCCAACUUCCUUUUUUUUUUUUUUUUUUCCACUCUAACCUUCUCCCUGUGCUUUGUUCCCAGAGAAACUGUUUCUCUCUCCUUUCCCUCUCUCCCAUUUAACUUGACCCCCUUCUGUCUCCACACUAUUUUCCUGUGCGCGCUUGUGUUAGUCAUUUUUAUGGCCAUUAUUGUACUCCUCAAGUGCUCCCAGUGCUCUGACAUAAACUUCAACCCCCCAACCAUCUUAGUAAGAGAGACAGAUGAAUAAAAGAAAGACGGUAAAAACCAUUAAAACGCAUUCAGAUGUAACGAAACACGACAUAAAAUCUCUUCCAAACCUUAUCACUCUCCUAGUGUGCCUCCUUAUAUAUGAGCUAAUGUACUAAGUUCAGAAAAAAAAAAUUCAAACUACAUAUGAAGGGGGGUGGUACGGUACACUGGAAAGGAAUGUGCAGAUGUUUAAAAUCAAUGUACAUUUCAAAUUAAGUACUGUUUCACUUUUGAAAUAAAUAUUAUGAUUGUUUGUAGCUUAUAAAAAAGACAAUGCUGUG